AUGUCUAGGGUUAGGGUUUUGUUUGUUCAGCCACCGGCGGGGAAUGUGGCCGGAGCCGCCGCCACGCGAAAUGGAGAACACGACCCUAAUGCUUCUUGCUUUUCUGACCUCUCUCUACCAUAUGGAAACCCAAGUCUAGGAUUCUGUGAGGGGUCUGCGGAACAAGAAUUCACAAUUUGAUACCCCGGAGACGCUGCGGAGGGAGAAGCGAAUCGAAAAACCGCAAUUUCGCAGACUCAGAGAUUGUGCCGACUAUGCUUUUUGUUUAUCUUCCUAGAAACCGUGAUUUAUUGACGCUGCGAUUUGGUUGAAAAACCAAAAUUUUGGCGAUAUUUUGCCUUUUGGAUGUUGUAAUCCCUUUUGCGUUGCAUGUUUUAUAGUUGACGACGGAGGGAGAGCGAAGAUGCGGAAGAGGGAGAAAAUUGGGUACGAAGAUGUUGUUGCUAAGUGUAGCAAUGCGAAGUUUGAUGUUGGGAAAAUUGUUGACAAUGUUGAUACCGAUGUUUCAUUGAGGCGCAUUAAGAGAAUUAUAUUAUCAGUAAAGAAGCCAUCCUAUAUUCGUAAGCUCCGCUCAGGUAAAUUACGACAUGAAGUUCGAUGUAGAUUACAAUAUCUUCUAAGUAAGCUUGUGGAACGGCACAAUUGGAAAGAAGCAAGUGGUGUACUAGGCAUGCUAUUAAAAGGAACGUGCAAGGACACUUCUCCCAUGAAUAAUCGGGUGAAAUAUUGGGUCACAAUGGAGCUUCUCAAGCAUAUAGAAAGUGACCACAUCAACCCUACAAGGAUUAAGCGCAUCUAUGAAACUUGGAUGAGAAGGAUUGGAUCAAUGAAAAAAUGGCCGAUUGAGGACAGAUUUGCAGUUCAAUUGGAGUACAUCCUUUUUUGUCUCACACAAGGUAAUAUCGAGGAAGCACACCAGGCUGCUAUAUGCCUCAUGCAAGAACGUGAUUUUGGGAGUGGCCCAAUUUUAAAUUUGGUUGUUGGAUUGGCAUUUUAUCAGCUGUGGUAUUUCACUAUCCCAAAAGAGAUGCAGCUGAGAGAUUUAGGUGAGUCGUGCACCCCUACGGAAUCAGAGAUGUCAGCAACAAGAUUCAGCAAUACUGUUGGAAACUCAGAGGGUUAUAGUGCAAUUGAUGUUCUCAAGGAAGAGUACUCCUCUGAGAGUGAUUCAGAAACCUCUGUUAGGAAUGAUAAAGGAAAUGCUGUUAAUGCUAAUAUUGAUCUACAUAGAGAACUUUCCGAGGGGAUUAAUGAUAACCUACGGAGUGAAAAAUCCUUUCCCCAGCCUCAAGACUUCUACAUGAAUUCUGCUGGAAAUACUGGACAUGAAGAAACCUCUUUUCCUUAUGAUGGUGACAAUAUUACGCAACUUGCUUCCAUUUUCUCUGGACAUGAGAGAUGGGAUUCAUGGUUGUUGCCUCUACGGUUACCGCACUCAUAUGCAAAUUUUGAGGACUUAAUCCAUUUGCAUAGGGAGCUAAUCAAUGACUAUUAUAAGAGUGCAGUGAAGUAUUUAAAGCUUGCCCUUUACUCAACGCCUCCGAUAUUGGCUGCACUACUUCCAUUCAUACAGUUGUUGCUGCUUGGAGGUCAAGUUAAGGAGGCCCUAAAUGAGCUUGAGAAGUUCUCCCACAAUUCAAACGCAACACUUCCUAUUAGAUUGAGGGCUAGUGUUCUGGAGCAUUUUGAUCGUGAAAACUGUGUGGGGCUCUCAACCUGCUUCGAGGAUAUUCUGAAGAAAGAUCCAACAUCUUCCUACUCAUUGGCUAAGCUUAUCAGCAUUCAUCAAAAUGGGGACUAUGAUGCUGCGUCACUGUUGGAAAUGAUAGCUUUACAUUUAGAUGCUACCUAUGCAGAAUUCGACAUAUGGAGAGAGUUUGCUUUAUGCUUCCUCAAGAUUUCUCAAUGUGAGGAAGAUCGAAUGUCAGUUUGUCUUGAUGGAAAUGAAGGCAAGCACAAGCCGAAGUAUGCUGUUCGCUUCAAUAGGAUUCCUAACAUAUUUAUUGAGGGGAAAUCAGGAAAGGCUUGGAGAUUUCGCUGCAGAUGGUGGUUGACACGUCACUUUAGCAAGAACAUAAUCAAUUCUGAAGUUGCAGCAGGCAAGUUGGAGCUCCUAACCUACAAAGCAGCCUGCGCAUCGCAUAUGUACGGACAAGGGUUUGAAUAUGUUGUUGGUGCUUAUAAUUGUCUGGACAAGGAAAAAAACAGGGAUAUGUUGUUGUUCUUGCAGAUGCACAUGCAUACUUCUACUGGAUUCUACUCAUAUUUUGGAGAGAGAACUAAAUGAAAAGAUAACUCGUCUCUGGAAGAGGUGAUUUCUUCCACUUGGUGAGUUACAUUUUCUUGGCUAA